AGGGUUUAGGGUUUAGGGUUUAGGGUUUAGGGUUUAGGGUUUAGGGUUUAGGGUUUGAGAAAGUCAUCAAAGCUGCUUGAUGCCCUAGAGAAGGAGGAAACCAUGCAGUGUCUUCAUGAUCUUUCGCUCUCUCAAGAGGAACAAUCAGAUAAGCAGCAUGAUAGUGGCACUCAUUCUGAUUCAAGUUCUUUAAUCCACCAAAUUGGGCGAGACCUUUCAAUAAAUUGCCUGCUUCAUUGCUCAAGGUCAGAUUAUGGGUCUAUUUCUUCAUUGAACCAGAGUUUUAGGUCAUUAAUUCAGAGUGGAGAACUUUAUAGGCUCAGGAGACAGAUGGGUAUCAUAGAACAUUGGGUUUAUUUCUCUUGCAACCUCCUUGAAUGGGAGGCUUUUGAUCCCAUUCGUCGUAGGUGGAUGCAUUUACCAACAAUGACUUCAAAUGAAUGCUUCAUGUGUUCUGACAAGGAAUCACUGGCAGUUGGUACUGAACUUCUCGUCUUUGGCAAGGAAAUAGAGUACCAUGUCAUCUACAAAUACAGCAUCCUCACAAACUCAUGGUCGUCGGGGAUGAAGACAAACACACCUAGGUGCCUCUUUGGCUCUGCAAGCCUUGGGGAAAUUGCAAUUGUAGCAGGAGGGUGUGACUCGAGGGGAAAUAUACUAAGCUCGGCGGAGCUUUAUAAUUCUGAAACAGGAACAUGGGAGACUCUCCCAAGCAUGAAUAAACCAAGAAAAUUGUGUUCAGGUGUAUUCAUGGAUGGGAAGUUCUACGUAAUUGGUGGGGUUGGUGUUGGCAAUUCAACCGUGCUUACUUGUGGCGAAGUGUAUGAUUUGAAAGCAAGGUCUUGGAUUGAGGUACCUGAUAUGUACCCAGCACGUAAUAGAGGGGCUGGAGCUAAUGAUGCUCUUGCAGCAGCUAAGGCACCUCCACUCUUAGCAGUUGUAAAGAAUGAGUUAUACGCUGCUUAUUACGCUGAAAAUGAACUCUGGAAAUAUGAUAAGGGAAGAAACUUAUGGAUUACUGUAGGAAGACUGCCCGAGCAUGCGACUUCUAUGAAUGGUUGGGGGCUUGCAUUUAGGGCAUGUGGAGAUCAGCUCAUAGUUAUUGGAGGACCUAGGGCAUUGAAUGGGGGAUUCAUUGAGAUUAAUUCUUGGGAACCUACGGAAGGCGCACCAAACUGGAAUUUAUUGGGCAGAAAACAUUCAGGAAAUUUUGUCUAUAAUUGUGCAGUGAUGGGUUGCUGAGGUGUCUUAUUUUGAUGGGAGUAUCGAAGUCUGUAUGAUCUCCUCUCUGCAUUUAGAUCCUCAAAGUCACCUGUUUACUUUUUUAUCUUCUGUUGUCAUUUUGUAUCAUUAUCAAUUGGUUAACCUGAGAAAUUCAUAAUGUGUAGAAGUGACAUAGACCAAUAAGUUGAAGCAGUGACAAGGUUCUAGUUUGCCAUGAAGAUUUGGAAAAUUUUACUGAAAACAUAAUUGAAACUGCGUUGUAUGA